CUACUGACAAACUUGUCAGCAGCAAGUCCGGAGGCGACUCUCCGCCUCCAGCGCCCCGCCCCCACUGCCCGGCCUGCGCUCGCGCACUUACGCAUGCGCGCUUUGAGUGCGUGCGCGUGGGGCGGAGAAAGAAAGAUGGCGGCGCUUGGACUCCCCACGCCACUGCAUGGGCACGUGGGCCGCGGCGCCUUCAGCGACGUGUACGAGCCCGCGGAGGACACGUUCCUGCUGCUGGACGCACUCGAGGCGGCGGCGGCCGAGUUCACGGGAGUGGAAAUAUGCCUUGAAGUAGGAUCAGGGUCUGGAGUGGUAUCUGCAUUCCUAGCCUCUAUGAUAGGUCCUCAAGCCUUGUACAUGUGCACUGAUAUCAACCCUGAGGCAGCAGCCUGCACCCUGGAGACAGCCCGCUGUAACAGUGUCCACAUUCAACCAGUAAUUACAGAUUUGGUCAAAGGCUUGCUACCAAGAUUGAAGGGAAACGUUGAUCUUUUGGUGUUUAAUCCUCCCUAUGUAGUGACUCCACCUGAAGAGGUAGGAAGUCACGGAAUAGAGGCAGCCUGGGCUGGUGGCAGAAAUGGUCGAGAAGUCAUGGACAGGUUCUUUCCGCUGGUUCCAGAUCUCCUUUCACCAAGAGGAUUAUUCUAUUUAGUUACCAUUAAAGAAAACAAUCCAGAAGAAAUUCUGAAAACAAUGAAGACGAAAGGUCUACAAGGGACCACUGCACUUUCCAGGCAAGCAGGCCAAGAGCUCCUUUCUAUCCUCAAGUUCACAAGGUCCUCACAUACAGGGGGUGCUCCUUGAAGCUGAAUGCUUUCCGCAUAUUUUGAAGCUCAAGUCAUUUCUCGGUUAACAAGUAAAAUGGUCAGAAAUUUGUGGUACAGAAAAUGGUAAAGGGUAGGGCAUUCCCUUUUACCCAGGAAUCAGGCCUACAGAAAUGUUUGCACAAGUGCAAGUAAAAAAAAAAAAAAAAUAUAUAUAUAUAUAUAUAUAUAUAAAGUAUAUAAUUUGCAUUUUAUAUAUUAUAUAUAUUACAUACACAAAAUAUAUAUAUAAAAGUUAUAUCAUACACUAGAGGAUGUUCAUUUCAGCAUUACUUGUAACAGCAAAACAAUGAAGUUGCCUAAAUGUCCAUCAGUAAGGAAUUACAGUAUAUCACUGUUACUGAACAGGAGUGACAUAUGCAGCCAUUAAACAUGAGUCAGGUCUGUAUACACUGACUAGAAGGGGUUCAUGAUGUACUACUGAGUGAAAAAAACAAGUUUCAAAACAGUAUUAAUCUUUAUGUAUAUUUUUGAAAAACCUACAGAGAAUAUGUUUGUAUGUGUAUAUAAGAAAUUCUCAGAAGAUAAAUAACAGGGAAAUAGAGGAACUUUCACUCUUCUCUGGUGGCAUUUGCACAAUGAUAAUGUAUUAUUUUUAUAAUUAAAAAGUUUUUUAUUUAAAAAAAUUUUAAAUUUACCUUACCUUCACUUGCUUGUUGUCUCCAUUCCACUUCUGUUAUUCAGAAUGCCUUCUGCCUCUAUUCUUCUCCCUGGUCAGAUUUUUCCUACCUUUUAUCCCCUGUCAUAUAUUUCUGUUUUCUUCUUGCACAUAUGUUGCAAACUGCUUUCAUUUUUUCUUAGAUCAGGGAGAGUUGUAUGUAAAUAAACUCACCAUUCUUAAGUUAGUCACAUUUUAAAAACUCAUGUGUCUUUCAAGAAAUGGCAGAUUAACUUUACUAAAUUUGGGGACUUCUCUAACUUCCACACCAUUUGAAAUACAUUUAUCAAAAUUAGUGAGCAGGACUGUGUAGGACCAAAGUGAGAGGAAUCUAGAAUUUAUUUUUAAUUUUGGUACAUUCAGAAUCACCAGAUGAAACUUUUAAGAUUACAGAUUCCUAAACCCACCAUAGACCCAUGGAAUCCUCUGCUGCCCAGACCUAAAACCUGUAUGUUUAAAAGUGUACUUGCCCAAGCCAGCCCUGAUGGCCCAGUGGUUAAAGUUUGGCGCACUCUGCUUUGGCAGCCUGGGUUCAAUUCCCAGGUGCAGAACCACACCACUCUCCUGUCAGUA